AUGGCUGAUAAUCAGAGAGCGGUUACUCCUACAAUGGACGCACAAUCUAUUGCAACCUUUUUGAAUCAAAUUGCGGUGUUUCAGGCUCAGAUGGCGAAAACUCACAUCAAUCCGAUGCAAGAUCCAACAAGUCAGUAUUACAUUCACCCGAGCGAAAACGCUGGUACGCCUUUUAUUCCAAUUGUUCUUACUCCUAAUAAUUACGGUCCAUGGAGUAGAGCAAUGUUUGUAAGUUGGAACAACGUCGCUUCUGAUCUGUGGAGAGAUUUGAAGCAUCGAUACUAUCAAGGUGACAAAUACAAAAUAGCUAAAUUGCAAAAAGAUUUGUUUGCCAUGAAGCAAGGAGGCCUAGACAUUACCUCUUACUAUACGAAAAUGAAGUCAAUUUGGGAGGAUCUUAGAAAUUUCAGGCCAAUUCCUCAUUGCCGUGACUGCGAUCUGAUAUGUUCCUGUGGAUUGGAAGUAAUACGCCAGUACAGACGUGAGGAUUAUACCACACGACUAUUGCGAGGGCUCAAUGACCAAUACUCUUCAGUGCGGUUGCAAUUGAUGCUGAUGAAUCCUAUGCCCGAUUUGGAUACGGCUUUCUCCAUGCUGAGUCAACAAGAGCGGCAAUUUGGGGAAGCACCAGAAUCUAAGGUGUUCUUCAACAGAGCUGCCACAGAGUAUCCAUCAUUUGAAGACAAAAGCAAAGGGAAAGGUAGAGGGAAAGGCAGAGGUCGUGGUAAGGGUAAUCGGCCUCAAUGCACCUUUUGUGAUCGCACCGGCCAUACUGCUGGGAAGGUUACUGAUGAACUCGGCCAAAGCAAUCUAAGCACUACUUGUCAGAAGGAAGCUAGUGAAGCAUUAAAACUUGACCUCACUCAAUUCCAAAAGGAAGCUAUACUCAAGCUCCUUCAGGGUCAGGAUGCUCAGUCACAACCUCAUACUGCACCUCAGGUCAUUGACACAGGGGCAACUGAUCAUGUGAGUUUUGAUCUUAAUGAUUUUGAGUCACACCAUCCCAUUCCCCCUAUAAUUGUUAGAAUGCCGGAUGGUACUCAAACAGUUAGUAACAUCAUUGGUACCAUCCGCUUCUCUAAUCAAUUACACAUUGCAAACAUACUUUUUAUUCCUAUUUUUGACUUCAAACUGAUUUCUGUGUCAAAACUGACCAAAAAUUUAAAAUGUCAAAUGCUUAUUAAUGAUUCACUCUGUGAGAUCCAAGACCAAGCUACUUUGAAGAGGAUUGGAGUAGCUAAAUGCACUGAUGGCUUAUAUACAAUGGAUAGCAAACCAAUUGUUGGCACUUCUGCAUUUAUAGAUAGCAAAUUGUCUCAUAAUUCUGUGGUUGUAGCUACUGCCACUUUGGGCAACUCUGCUACUAUAGUCAAUAAAGUGGAUGCACUUUGGCAUUCACGGUUAGGUCAUGUUCCACAACACAUUUCAUGUGGACAUUUGGGACCCGUUUCAACUCCUUCCUUUAAUGGCAAAAAAUAUGUACAAACUCAAUUUGGUAAAACUGUUAAAUGCUUCCGCUCUGACAAUGGCCCUGAAUUUGCUUUGAAAUCCUUUUAUGCCUCCAAUGGUAUUUUGCACCACACGUCUUGCGUGGAGAGCCCACAGCAAAAUGGCAUUGUAGAACGCAAACACCAACACAUACUAGGAACUGUACGGGCCUUGAUUUUUCACUCUUCCUUGCCAAAAUGCUUUUGGACAUAUGCUGUUAAACAUGUAGUCCACUUGAUUAAUAUUCAACCUAGUCAUUUUCUUAAAAAUAAAGUACCUUUUGAAAUCAUCUUUGGAACUUUGGCAAAUUUAUCCAAUUUAAAGAUCUUUGGGUGCUUGGCUUAUGCCUCUACUAUGGUUCAUGGCAGAACCAAGCUGGAUCCUCGGGCCCGUAGAUGCAUAUUCUUGGGUUUCAGGGAGGGUACCAAGGGUUAUAUCCUGUUUGAUUUGAACUCCAAGAAUAUCUUCACCUCUAGGAAUGUUAUAUUCUAUGAGGAUUUUUUUUCAUACAAUAAAAUUAAAAAUUCUGCAUUAAAACAAGUAGAUUCAACACCCAAAACUCAUCACCAUGCACAUCACCUUGAUUCCUUAGAUAACACAGAUCACUUUUGGUGUCCGCCUACCAUAAAUGAAGAGCAUGCCAACACCACCACUUACAAUCAUGUUGCAUCAUCUAUAUCAUUUUCACCCCCUCAGCUAAAAGAGGAUACUGCCAUGCAUUCAUCAUCUCAUACAUUAGAAAAUAAUUCCACAUUGCAUACAUUAGAAAAUAAUCCACCUUUCAUUGAAACAAGAAAGUCAACCCGAAUUAGGACAAUGCCAACACACUUAAAGGACUAUCAUUGUGACAUUCCUGGUGCAAAGUCUACGGUUAAUACUGUUUGCAGGUAUCCUAUCUCACAGUACAUGUCAUAUGAGGCACUAAGUCCAAAAUACAAUGCCCUUUCUUUAGCCAUUGUCAAAAAUGUUGUGCCGCGCACCUAUGAGAAAACUGCUGUUCAUCCUUGCUGGAAGGAAGCCAUUAACAGUGAACUUGAGAGGCGUUGA